GGUGUAAAUCUAAUGGGAACCCUUGAGGUAACCAUCUAUGUAUCAAGCUGUGGUGUGUGUUUCUUCUUUCUAUCUUUUCUCUUCAACUUGUUUACAAAACUAUGGCGGACUCCAAUUCGUAUACAAUCCAUGAUGAGAUCACAAGGAAUACAAGGCCCUGCUUACAAAUUCUACUAUGGAAACACCAGAGAGAUCAUCAAUAUGGCCACUAAUGACUUCAGUAAUCCCAAGAAAAUAUCUCAUCAGAAUGUUUUCCCCACUGUGGUUCCACAUAUUUAUUCAUGGGUCAAUCUCUAUGGUAUGAGUUACCUGAGUUGGCAUGGUCCUGAAGCUCACCUGGUGAUCACAGAACCAAACCUGGUUAAAGAGAUAUUCAACAAUAAAGAUGGAGCAUUUCCUAAACCAGAAGCUGAAGAGUAUGUUAAGAAGCUUUUAGGAGAUGGAAUCGUAACAACCAGAGGAGAGAAAUGGUUCAACCUUCGUAAAAUAUCUAAUCAUGCUUUCCAUGCAGACUGCUUGAAGGGAAUGAUUUCAGCGAUGAUUGCAAGUGUGGAAAUGAUGCUAGGAAGAUGGAAAAGAGGUGGUGAUAAGGAGAUUGAUGCUUUCCAAGAAUUCAAGCUUUUAACAUCAGAAAUAAUUUCCAGGACAGCUUUUGGAAGCAGCUACUUGGAAGGACAACACAUAUUUGAUAUGCUAAUGAGUAUUGCUGUCAUCAUAAAUAGAAACAAGUAUAAAAUCAGAAUUCCUGGAAUUAGCAACCUUGUGAGAUCAGCAGAUGAUGUUGAAUCAGAAAAGCUGGAAAAUGGGAUAAGAGAUUCCAUCAUAAAUAUGACGAAGAGAAGAGAGGAAGCAGCAAAAUCAUCAGACGGGUAUGGAAGUGAUUUUCUUGGAUUACUUUUGAAGGCACAUCAUGAAGAUAAUUCUGACAGCAGAAUAUCAGUUGAAGACCUGAUUGAUGAGUGCAAAACCUUUUACGUUGCUGGACAUGAAACGACUUCAAGCUCGCUCACCUGGACUCUUCUUCUUCUAGCCAUGCACACAGAUUGGCAAGAUAAAGCUAGAAAUGAAGUCAUUGAAUUAUUUGGUCUGCAAAAUCCAACCCCAGAUGAUCUCCCAAGAUUGAAGAUAAUGCACAUGAUUAUCAAUGAAGCUCUGCGGCUAUAUCCUCCAGUUGUUAAUAUCCCAAGGCAAGUCAAAAGGCAAGUCAGAUUGGGGAAGCUAAUGCUUCCUGAAAAUAUGAUAAUAGAAAUUCCAGUUCUUGCAGUUCAUCACAAUCCUCAAAUAUGGGGAGAAGAUGUUCAUGUUUUCAAGCCAGAGAGAUUUGCAGAAGGUGUGGCUAAAGCAACAAAUAACAAUAUCGGUGCCUAUCUUCCAUUUGGGUUGGGACCCAGAGGUUGUGUGGGGUCCAACUUUGCAGUUACAGAGACAAAGAUUGCGCUGUCAAUGAUUCUGCAGCAUUAUGAGCUUAGGCUUUCACCAACUUAUGUUCACUUACCUGUUCCCCUUCUCACUAUGUGUCCACAAUAUGGACUACAAAUCAUGCUCCAGCCAUUACACCGUGGGUGAGAAUAGCAUGUACUUGUCACCAAUAAGUCCUUGAUGUCCUGUCUGAGAAGAUUGUUGGGUUGGGUAUGCCAAAGUGAAAAUUGAUCCAUCAAGCUAGUACUAGUAUUUCUCAAAUUAAUA